AAUAGUCCAAGAGCCAAGGAGGAGGAGUUUCGGAUUACAUCGUACUUGGGCGGGUGUUUUUUUCUUGAGGCGUGGUAGGGGGUUGACGGUUGGGCCGCUAGGAGUCAACUGGCAGGAGCGAAGCCUGCAUAAUAUAAACAACCUGCCAGCCAAUUGCCACCGCCUGUCAUUUCAAAUCCAUCCAGUGGGGUUCUUUUUGAAUUGCUAACGUCCCUGUGAGGCAGGGGAGCCUGUUUGACAGACUGCUUGCGCUUUCAAGCCGCGAGCAGGGCAGCCAGCGGUGGGAAUCUCUGGGGGCUGGAGAACCCUUCCUUUUAGCUGGAGAUUCCUUUCUUCCUCCCUUCUGUUAGCCACCACGCCAUGAGGAGGGAAGAACUGGCACGAAGUGAAUCCAGGGACACCCCUGUGAGGAGGUCCACUCGCCUGCAACAGGACAAAGUUGGAGAACAGGCUUCAAGGGAGCCACAAGGCUCUGAAGGAAGCCGCGCUGCUGAUAUCGUUACACCCCGGGAGAGCAUCAAAGCGUCCAGGAAGCAGGCUGACCCAGACCAGGAUUGGUCCCCCAGUCCUUUGCCACUAUUGGGAGAAGGAGAACCUCAUGAAGACAGCAAGCGAGCCGUGUCGGAAAGAGAUACCCACUUGUUCCCCUUUGUCAGGCUGAGGAGACUGGACGUGCCACAGGAAGAGGAACCUUCUCCACACCAAAAUAGGGCAGAGGAGGUGUCUGAACCAACUAUCGAAUCGGAAGAGGUGAAAGACAAAAGGUCCAGGCUGAAGGUACGGAAGACUCCUCAGCGGCGAAGCCCCAAGACGAGGCCCCUGGCGGAAAAGGCGACAGCCAUCUUGCAAGGCAUGGUGGAAAACGAGAACUUGGCCCUCGGCAAGCAGACCAGGACAAGGGUCACCACGAGGUCCAAGACACCAACCAGUAAGAAGGCCAGCUCUUUGGAGUCAAAGAUGACGGCUUUGCCAACAGAAGGAACCCCGAAAAAGUGGACCAAGCGUUUCCUGUCUCGGUCUGGUGUCUGUUCCCUUCUCCUGUUGCCUGUCCUGGGCUUUGCUGGCUGGCUCUUAUGGGAACACAGAAGCCCUGGCUCUUUCCUGGGGCUGAUGGGAUACAGGUCAUGGAGAUGGAGCGGUUUCCUGAGUCUGCGGAGUGGGACAGCGGAGUGCAGUACUCAAUGCAGCGUGGUGCUGGUGGAGAGCAUUCCAAUCACCUUGGAUUAUGCAUCACUGAAUCCUCACCAUCCAACCAUCUACCAGGCCUGGAUGGACCUCUUGGCUGGAGCUAACAGCAGCGUGGAGAUAGCAGCCUUCUACUUCACCCUCCGGGAUUCCGAUAUUCACAUCCAGGAUCCCUUUUCCAAGCAGGGCAAGGCUGUAUUUGAGUCGUUGCGGGGUCUGCCUUCUCGUGGGGUGAAGCUCAGUAUUGCUGUCAACAGCGCCCAGAUAUCGAAGAAUGAAAUGGAUGAGCUGGUCCGCCAUGGCGCAGAUGUGCGGUACGUGGACAUGAAGAGCCUGACGGGAGGGGUCUUGCACACAAAGCUGUGGGUGGUGGAUCAGAAGCAUAUCUACAUCGGCAGCGCCAACAUGGACUGGCGCUCGCUCACUCAGGUUAAAGAGCUGGGUGCCCUGUUGUACAACUGUAGCUGCAUAGCUAGGGACCUGCACCGAAUCUUUGCCAUAUACAGGAUGCUGGGAAAAGAAGGGGCUUCCAUCCCUGCAGCGUGGCCAGCGGGCCUUGCAGCCGAGUCCAGCCUGACUCAUCCCCUGGAGCUGCACCUCAACGGUACUGGCGCUCAGCUGUAUCUGUCGAGCUCUCCGCCGGCCCUCUGCUCAACGGGCAGAAUCUCUGAUCUCACGGCCAUUGUAAGCACCAUAGAGGAUGCAAAGCACUUUGUCUACAUUUCCGUGAUGGACUAUGAGCCCCAGUGCAUAUUCUGCAAGCCCAAAAGGUUCUGGCCAGUCAUUGAUGAUGCUUUGCGCUCUGCGGCCUGUGACAGAAAGGUGAAGGUGCAUCUCCUGAUCAGCUGCUGGCAACACUCGAGGUCCACGAUGUUCGUCUUCUUGACGUCCCUCAGAAUCCUCAGCUACGAGCCACUGCAUUGCCCCAUUGAAGUGAAACUCUUUGUCGUUCCUUCGGAGGGAGAGCAACCACCGAUCCCUUAUGCUCACGUCAAUCACAACAAGUACAUGGUGACAGAUCGACUGGCCUACAUCGGUACCUCCAACUGGUCCGAAGAUUAUUUCACCAACACUGCAGGCGUGGGACUGGUCAUCAACCAGAGCGAGGCUGCCGCAGGAGCCUCAGGACCCACCUUGCGCCAGCAGCUGGAGGAAGUGUUUAUCCGGGACUGGACCUCUCCUUACGUAGUGCCGCUCAGCCGCCGCCAGGAGUGCGCCAAGAAGUGAACGGUGGUUUCCCCCUCAGUGAGCUACAAAUUCCCAGCACCCGUAACAAACGCAUGGCGUGGCUGGAGAGAGGUGUGUGUGUAUAUGUACCCAGAACUAAGAGCCACACCAGUCUCUCCACCCAUUUUUAUUCUUGCUCCCACUCACCACUGGCACAUGGCAGAUUACCCAUGAAGCAGUGCAGCCCUCAGGCUAGUUCCCCACACCUGCCUUAAAAGGAAGCAUGUUUACAUCCCAGUAUUUCUUCUGUUUGUUUCCGAAGCUAAUAUUUUCUAGGUUCAAGCUGCCCAGCAGGGAGAGAACAGCAGUGUCGGCUGCCUCACUCGCCCCAUGUUGCUUGGCCUGAAAUUUGGUCACAUCCACAUCACACCUAUACAGCACCCUUAUACCACUUUAAGAGUCAUGGUUUCCCCCAAAGGAUCCUGGGAACGGUCCUUGGUGAAGGAUCUCCUGACAGCUCUCAGCACUCUUGUUGAAUGACACUUCCCCGGAUUCUUUGGGGGCGGCAGGAAAGAGGAGCCAUGACUGGUAAAAUGACACCAGAGGGCUUUGAAUGUGUGGUGUUGAUCAGCAGCAUGUUGAUGCGGUGUGUACUAACUCUGAAGGGAAGGGACAACUGGGCCUGAAGUGAAGUGCAUUUUCUGCUGGUGCUGGAGGUGGGCACAGAAUUUUAGAAAGGAUCCAGCCAGCCUUGUGGCCUGGUUUCACAUAGCUGCAAUCCUCUAGGUGUUUUUAUUCCAGGGGCAUGGAUGUGUGUGCAUUUCUUUUAAAGAUAUAAGCUAUGCAGCAGUGUAUAGGUUUUCUUUAAGGAUGGUGAUAUUGCUUUUUUAAAAUUGUGUAUAAAGGAAAAUCAGUGAGGCAGGGAAAUCAGGUGGAAAUCAGAAAUUAGCUGGAAAUUAGUGAGGCAGGGAAAAGGUCCUCAAGUAGGUUUAUUUAAAUAUAUAUAUCUAUAUUAACUCAGGGAGUGUGUUUGGGACGGGGAGUGAUGUGCCUUACGCUGAAAUCCUACGUAUGUCUACACGGGAUUAAGUCCCGCUGCGUUCAAGAGGGCUUCCUCCCAGGGAAGUUGCAAUAGCAUUGCAGCCUAAAAUCUGUAGGAGCCUUAAACAGUCAUGAGUAAGAGAAUUCACCCUCUUUGGGUGCAUGAAAAAUUCUAUUGGGUUGGGUGGGAGAGGAAAGGGGGGGUUGCUAUGUUGCUUUCCUUGGCAGAGUUUAUUUU